AUGUUUUUCAUCAAGUUUUGGUUUGUUGUUCUGACUCAGAUCAACGAUACGACGAAUCUUUCGAUUCAUCGAGCUGGCUGUAAAGUAAUCGAGCCUUUUCUCAAGCUACUUCUCUAUUUUGAUGGUUGGCUGAAUGCUUGUGUGGCUAUUGAACGAGCAUUUCAUGUUUACAAAGGAGUUAAAUUCAAUAAACAGACGAGUAGAACUGCUGCGAGAUGGAUCAUUUGCAUUUUACCAAUUUGUGUUCUGUUUACUCUUCUACACGAAUUCAUCUAUCGAAAUGUAUUCUCAUACGAGAUUUCAAAAAAUGAAACAGAAGUGGUCAAAACAAGACGAUACGUUUGGUGUGUCACCGGUUAUUCUCGUCCUAUUCAAAAUUACAAUACAACUAUUCUGUUUGUUCACCUUGUUGGUCCAUUUGUUGCUAAUCUUUUCUCAGCUCUGUUCAUUAUUUUUGGAGUUGCUCGACAACGAUCCAAAGCACAGAACAAUCAAAGUGUCAAAGUACAUAUCCGUAUACAAUUCAAAGAACAUAAACAAUUGAUCAUCAGUCCAGUUAUCUUACUUUGUUUAUCAAUCCCACGUUUGGCGAUUUCAUUACUUCCCGGUUGUGUGAACACAUCGGAAUACUUAUGGCUAUAUCUAAGUGCUUAUUUUAUAUCGUUUAUGCCAUCAAUUCUUAUCUUUGUGAUCUUUGUGGCACCUUCAGAGCUUUAUAUGAAAACUUUCAAAACUUCUUUGAAGAAAUGGCGACGUCAAGCACAUCAAUGA